AUGGGUAGAAGAAGCAGAGCAGCUAUGCUGCCAACCAACAUCAUUCUUUUACAGAAUUUGGUAAAGCGUGACCCAGAGUCCUAUCAAGAGGAGUUUCUUCAACAAUAUGCACACUAUGAAUCACUAAGAGAUAUUUUUAUGCUAAACGGUCUAACUGGGGGUGAUUCUUCGGCGACUACUAACGGAUUAGAUUUGGGAAAUGGUUCUUCUACAAUGGCUGGUACUAAUGGUACCACCAUAAGCACUUCAACAUCUCAACUUGUUGAAUUAGUUGGUUUCGUAUCACAAGUUUGCUCGUGUUUCCCUCGUGAAACCGCAAACUUUCCGUCUGAGUUAAAGCAACUUUUGUUGGAACAUCAUAAGUCAUUGCCUUUUGAAUUGAAGGAGAAGAUUUUGAGUUGUUUGACAAUGUUGAGGAACAAAGACGUCAUUACUGCUGAGGAGCUAAUCCAGAGCUUAUUUCCUUUAUUAGUAGCAUACUCUUCCCAUGGUAAUUCUCUUGGGAUUAAUUCACAUGCCAAAGAACUGAGAAAGAUCAUUUAUUCAAACUUAAUUUCUUUAUUGAAAAGUUGUAAUACUAAUGGCAAAAACCAAAAAUUAAACAAAUCUACGCAGGCCGUUUGCUUUAAUUUGUUAGAUAAACCAGACUCUCAAGGUAUUUGGGCCACAAAAUUAACCAGAGAACUUUGGAGACGUGGUAUUUGGGAUGAUUCAAGAACUGUAGAAAUUAUGACCCAAGCCGCAUUACACCAAGAUGUUAAGAUUGUCAUGUCUGGGGUGAUGUUUUUCUUAGACGCUGAUAAAGAACGUGAAGAAAAUUUUGAAGAAAACUCGGAGGAUGAAGAUGGGUUUGAUUUAGAUGCGUUAAGGCAUAAGAUGCAGGUCAACAAAAAAACGGGCAGACGUGGUAAAAAACUGGAGAAUGCUAUAAAGACUGUAAAAAAGAAGAAGAAGAAUGGACCAGGCGCUCCUCAAGGUUAUUUAAACUUCAGUGCCAUCCAUCUUUUAAGAGAUCCACAAGGAUUUGCUGAAAAGUUGUUUAAAGAACAUCUUUCAGGUAAAACGAAGAACAAAUUUGACUUGGAACAAAAAAUAUCUUUGAUGCAAUUGCUAUCGAGAUUGAUUGGUACACAUAAGUUAAUUGUUUUAGGCAUUUACACAUUCUUCUUAAAAUACUUAACUCCGAAACAAAGGGAUGUUACUAAGAUCAUGUCAGCGUGCGCCCAAGCAUGUCAUGAUCUUAUUCCUCCUGAAGUUAUAAGUGACAUGGUGAGAAAAAUUGCCGACGAGUUCGUAUCAGAUGGUGUUGCCAACGAAGUUGCCGCUGCGGGUAUCAAUACCAUUAGAGAAAUAUGUUCACGUGCACCAUUGGCCAUCGAUGAAAUAUUAUUACAAGAUCUGGUAGAGUACAAGGGAUCCAAAGCUAAAGGUGUUAAUAUGGCCGCCAAGUCAUUGAUAGCGCUGUAUAGGGAUGUUGCACCAGAAAUGCUGAAGAAGAAAGAUCGUGGUAAGAAUGCCGCCAUGGAAGUUCAAGAAGCCAAGAAAGAAGGUAAAAACUCAAAAAGACCACAAUUUGGUGUUGAAAAUAGUGUUCAAGGUAUUGCUGGUAUCGAACUGUUAGCCAAAUGGAAGAAAGAACACGGUGAAGAAAGUAAAGACGAAGAUGCUGAUGCCAACUGGGAAGUAGAUGCCAAUAGUGAAGAGGAAGACAAUAUAGAGGGUGAAUGGGUCACCAUGGAUAGUGACAAGGAAUAUGAUGUCAAUAUGGAGGAUAGUGACGAAGAAACCCACAUUGAUAAGGACAAAGAGUCCGAUUCAGAUUUGGAAUUAAGUGAUGAUGAUGAGGAAAAGGAAGUGAAGGAGAAAAAAGAAAACGUGGACAUAGAUCCUGAAGCAGCUUUCCGCGAAAUUGCUUCCACACGUAUUUUAACUCCGGCAGAUUUCGCUAAAUUGCAAGAAUUGCGUAACGAGGAAAGCGUUGCUAAUAUCAUGGGUAUACACAAGCAGGACAGACGUGAAGAGUUAGUCGAUGCAAGCACACUAACCGGUCCUAUAAAGUACAAACAGUCUCGUGAGGAAAGGUUGCAAAAGGUGCUUGAAGGUCGUGAAGGGAGAGAUAAAUUCGGUAGCAGACGUGGUAAACGUGAUAACGUUCGUUCCACCACAAACAGAGAAAAGGAAAGAAGAAAGAACUUUGUUAUGUCUAUCCAUAAGAGGUCUGUUAGAGGUAAGCAAAAGAUGUCAUUACGAGACAAGCAAAAGGUACUACGUGCACAUAUCACCAAACAAAAGAAGAAGGGAUAUUAG